AGAAGGAGGCUACAUUAUAAUGGAGGAGAGACGAUCACCUUCUGCAUAAGAAGAAGCUAGUAUCGCUUUGAUUCUCAACGCAAAACUAGGUGUAAGGAGUUGACAAGAUGCAAAAGAAAAAGAACAUACGUUUUUGGUAUCUUGGUAAUGCUUCCAGAUAGAAAAAGAUAUUUUGUUUGUGGGUACAAUGCAGUUGUUAAUAGCUCCGUCAAUAUGGCUGCUCCUUUAUGUAGGCUCAAUUUUGGUAAGCAUAACACCAUUGGUAUCAACAUUGAAGUUGAAGAUGAACACAACAACCAACACUGCCUGUGUUGAAGAUAUUUCUCACGACGGAUCUUACAGCAAGUGGUGUUUAUUGUUUUCAAAGGGGAUACAGAUUUGGAAGAGCAUAGUCCUUGGAGAAAUGGACUUGGCCCAGCCACUCUACUAUUCAAUGUGCUUUGUUGAUGUUUUGAACCCCAAGGAACAUAAGUUAACAAGAGAAAUUUUUCAAUCAAAAAAGGUAUCAUACCAGGAAAGUGAAGAAUCUGCAGGUGUUGAUUUAGUGAAACAAACAAAGAUAAUGAAAGGAGUUAUUGAUGUUAAUGAAUUCAAGACAGAGAGGGGAGAAAUUACUGAACAGUGUUCAGGGCAAAAAGAUAUUUACAUGUCAGUUGAUUUUUUCUACAGAUAUUUAAACGGGGAAAAAAUGUCAAAUAUCCAAAAUAGAUUGAAAUGGCUGCCUGUGAGAAAUGAGUCAGCAUAUCCUUUGUGUGAAGAAGCAGUCCCAAUGUGGGAACUAGGGUGCAUAUGCAGGAGAUCCCUUUGCUUCCGAUGGUUUCCUUGCGCAAUCAAGACCUGUCCAGAAUCAAACCGGAGUGUCAACCCUAACGAUAAAUUUGAUUGCGGGAUUACAGGAUGCAAGAAAUGUGACCUUUUCGAAUUCUAUGUGCCACGAAAGAAAGUUUGCUUCUGGGACAUUCAGUUUUAGACUCUCGGUCAUAGCCUUCUGGUUGAAGUCUUGCCCCUAAAGUUCAGUUUAAAGCGUGUGUUUACUUGAGUUGAUAUUAUGACUCUCUUAUAUUGUCGUAAUAAUAACAGGUAAUAUUCUAGAAAUCGUACAGGCUAGGUUAGCGUAAAAAUGUUGAAUGAAUAAUGUAAUUCAAUCGUUUAUUACUUUUUUAUAACGUUUCAGAGUGCA